AUGCCACCAUACUCCAGCGCUCAAAAGCAACAGAUAGCCCAAUUUGUGAAUUUCACACAGACUAAGGAUACAGUGGCUGCUAAGUUUCUAAGGGCAUCUAGGUGGAAUGUACAGGAAGCAAUUGAUACGUACUUUCAAAGCCCCAAAGGGGCAGGGGGUAGCACAUCUGCUCUCAACAAGAUCUUUGACAGCUAUCAAGACUCACCGGCAAACAAUCCCGAUGGCAUCGGCAUCGAAGGCGCGAUGAAGUACUUUGGAGAUCUCCAAGUCCAACUGGACGAGGUGACGUGCCUUGGAAUAGCGGAACUGCUUCAAUCGCCCUCGAUGGGUGAAUUCACUCGAGAAGGUUUCCUGAAUGGAUGGAGAUCGGCCGGAUGCGAUUCCCUGGACAAGAUGAUCACGCACGCCAAGGACAUCCGGGGACGCAUCCCGACGCAACCAGAUCUCUUCCGUCGGAUCUACCGCUACACGUUCCCACUGUGCCGCAUGCAAGGCCAGCGUAAUCUGACAUUUGAGAUCGCAGCCGAACAAUGGAAGUUGUUCUUCACGCCAGACAACGGCGGAAUCCAAUGGAAUACGUCGACGACGCCCUGGCUGGAUUGGUGGAUUGAGUUUCUGGAGGGACGCGGAAAGCGGCCGGUGAAUAAGGACCUGUGGGAGCAGGUUGAGGUGUUCAUGCGAAAGACCCACGAAGACGAGUAUUUUGGAUGGUGGAGUGAGGACGGGGCAUGGCCUGGCGCAUUGGAUGAUUUUGUAAGCUGGGUGCAGGAGAAGAGAGGAGGGAUGGACGUUGAAUGA